UAAGUAAAGCUGGGGGAGAAAAGUACAGCAAUGACAGCACUGUUUUUUCUCAACAGUAAUCUGUGGAAGGAGAGCUCCAGAGGUCUGCAGUGGAGUCUCGCUCAUAUCACCGCUGAGCUGGUGAGCUUCCGCUCCACUUGGACACGACACACCGAGGACAACAAGCUGAAAUGGAAGGAGAGUGGCUCCAAUGGAUUUUCAGACCCCGGCGUAACAAAAGAGCCAAGAUCCAGACAAGAGGAGCUGUCAGAAAAGUCCCUGCAAGACCCAACUACAGAUACAAAACAGUAGACAGGACUCCAUUUACGACAUGUGUAUGUGCUUUUGGUCAUAGAAUAUCUACAGCAGUUAACUGAGGUGAAUGCUGAGUCACUGUUUGUAACAAAACCACAAUGCCUUCUUGUAUAACGAUUGAGGGAGCUAUGGAGGAGGGAGAGUUUAAGGUACACAUCAUCUUCCCAAGGUAAGAUGCAGUAUAUUCACAGAAAUGUCCUGUUCCCAUUUCAAGUUUAGUAUACUGUGAUUAUUUAAAUGAAAAGUGUACAUGCUGGCCAUGUCAUACAGUAUAGUGCAUGUUAUUAAUUUAAUUUGUCACUAAAACACCUGUAAGAAACAUUUUACCUAAAUAGUUUGACCUGUACACAAAUCAUUUAGCCAUGCAAUAAACAUUUCAAGUAUGCCAGUU